GUCGGACUGCUAUUGCCGUUGCACCAGACGGCUGUCACGAGUGGUACGUGUUAUGAACUGCUGAGAGGUUAUGAAUUCGCUUUAUUUUAAUUAUUUUAAACCCGUGCUUGGUAGAGACUAAUUAAAAAAAUGGAUAAAAAGGCGGUAGACGCGUCAUCUGAGGAGAAGAUUGACUGGGGAGGACGAGGAGCAGAGGAGGAGGAGGAGGAGGAAGAUGUGUGGAAGAUCAAAACUUUACCAAAGAACGUGCACGCCGGCCUUCCCAAUCCCCUGUCAGACCCCGUGAAGUGCUCUCUAAUUAAAGGAGAUUAUCUGUACUUCCAUUACGGCUGUGAUGGACAGGACGACAGAGGCUGGGGAUGUGGAUACCGCACCGUUCAAACGAUGGCCUCCUGGCUUUGCCAGAACUGGUCUUCACCCAAGAACCAAAACAGACCCGCACCGAGCCUCACAGAAGUUCAGCGAGCCCUGGUUGCGAUGGGGGACAAGCCGGGCUCUUUGGUGGGCUCCAGGGAGUGGAUAGGGACGUUUGAGGCCUCCCUCGUCCUCGACUAUUUCUACGACGUUCCCUGUAAGCUGGUGCACGUCAGAGGUGGAGGAGCAGAGCUGGAGCAGGUUGCGGUGGAGGAGCUGCACCGGCACUUUGAGGGGCACGCAUCUCCGGUCAUGAUGGGAGGAGACAGGGACAAUUCCUCUAAGGGGGUGUUAGGGGUGUGCACUGGGGAGGAGGGGAGCUACUUGCUGGUGGUGGACCCUCACUACUAUGGGGGUCAGCUGGAGGCCGCAGAGCUGCAGAGGCGAGGCUGGGUGGCGUGGAAGAGGGUGUCCUCUCUGGACCAGUCCUCGUUUUAUAAUCUGUGCAUGCCUCAGACGGCCAAAAGGGGAAUGUGACAGAUGGGACCCACAGGAUUAUUAGAAAUAAUUUCAUUUUCUCACACUGAUGCAAUGCAAAGUGUCUUAUUGUGGCAUGACUUUGUUUUUGCAUCUUCAGCACACGUCUUUCAAAUAGAGCUGUACUGCCACCUAGUGGCUGAAGUCAUUAAAGUGACUGGAGAUGGUU